UUCCCCGUAUCAGAGUGGAAUAUGCCGCAAUUAUGGCGUUUUCUUUGACUCGUGAGGAUGGACCACUUCCUGCUCCCAAAGUAAGGGUCAGCUCUGUACUUAACAGGGAUGUGAAACAGUUUGGCAAAAAGUUCAUGUUCGACGGUGACGAGGAGACUUGCUGGAAUUCAGACCAGGGGAGUCCACAGUGGAUUCUGGUGGAGUUUUCAGAAGAAGUGUGCCCACAGGAAAUCCAGCUGCAGUUCCAGGGAGGGUUUGUGGGAAAAGACUGCAGACUGGAGGUCAGCAGUGGCGGUGGAGAGUUAGCAAGGUUCAUGGACUUCUACCCAGAGGAUGUCAACUCUCUGCAAAGAUUUACAGUGAAGGAGGCACCAUCAGUCAAGAGGUUACGGAUAGUAUUUCCCAGUAGCACAGACUUCUUUGGCAGAGUCACAGUGUACAAGUUGGAAAUCAUGGGAACAAGUAUAUGAAGCCUGUGGAUAUCCUAUAUUGACAGUACUAUUUUUUACAAUAAAAAUUAUUGUCAGAUA